UAGAUGUGUUUAUAUUUUCUUUGUAGAUUUUUCUUUGUUCUUUUUUUGUCUAUUUUUUAGUGCCCCCCCUCACUAAGGCCAUAGACGUUCCUUUUUUAUUGACAUUUUUAAGCCAAAUCAAGUCCUUUCCCUUCAACCCCCUCAGCCAAGUGAAGGACAGGAAAUAGUAGCCUUUUCUGAUCCCUUUUUUUUUUUUUUUUUUUAGAGUUGCAGUGAGCUUCUCACCCCUAACUUACUAAAAACCAGGAGUAUUGUACUGUAAAUUUUUUUUGUCGUUUUAAAUGGUAGCCCACAAAUUUUCUGUUGAUUACUUUUUAGAAAGCCAUGUAUUUUUUUUAUUUUAUUUUUUUUCCAGUAUAGUGCACUUAUUAUAUUUGACCUCACCCUGUAUCACUCUUAGUCCUGUAACCAGAGGUCAGCCCCUCUCCUUUCAGGAAGAAAGGCUGAAAUUUUUAAAUCAAAACAGUUGAUCUGUAUUGUCAUUUUUUUUAACCUUGGCCCAUGCAUUUUGAUAUAGUUGCUUUUGGAGGGAAAAUGCUGGCUCGGUCUUUGAAGAAUAUAUGAACUGAAUCUAGUUUAUCUUUGCAGUGCAAAAGAUAAGAUGGUUUCUAACCUAAACACUUAACUCCAGUAUUGUUUAUCAAGUGCCCAAUGACAGGCUUGUGGUCGCUUGGUUUGCUGUCAGUAAACUUACUGCCAGUGUGGGUUUUAUUUCCAAGUUUUACUCUUCCAUUUCUCAUUUUAAAACUUGUGUCUAUAUUACAGGGGUGGUGCUACUGGGUUGGGUCAAAUCUGGAUAUGUGGAGUUGUCUCGCUGGUUACAGGCCAUCUUAUUUCGUGCUAGAGGGGGGUAAAGGAGUGGGGAGGAGCAUCAGGGAGUCACAAGCUCCCCUGCUCUGUCGCUCCACCCCCCGCGCGCUUGCUGAGGAUUGGUGGAGUGUGCGCGCUCAGAGCUGUCUUCCUGACCCUUCAUUUAUGUCCAGUUAGUGCAGAAGCGCACCCGAGUGCUUCUCAUGCACACAUGCAUUUGUUUUUCUUUUGACUGUGGUUGAUAAUGUAAAUGUAACCCAGCUGGUUAUCUGUUCUGAUAUCCACUGCUAUUGAAUGGCUUAUUUAACUGUGUGUUUAAGGGGGCUCAUUCUCAAGUGCCUUAAAAUGGUCCAAAUGGCAUCAGGCAGACAGCUCACAAUCUGUACUCCACCACCUGCGUCAGCUGCUGGGUUAGAAAGACAGAAGCACGCGCAGCAACAGCGAUGACUUCUUUAUUUCAGAGCUGUGGAGGCUUCUAAAUACAAAUAAUUACACCACAGACUUUUCUCCCUACCCCAUUGGCCAGGAUUCAAGAAAGCAGGCCCGGAUAAAGAAAUCAAAGUUUUCAAAAUAUUUCAUGAAAAUGCUAAAAGAACAAAAGAAAAGCAAUGAUUAAUACUUCUUCCCUUUUCCUUCAAAUAUGUAACAUUCCCAAAGAAAUGGGAUCAGUUCAUUUGGGCAAGAUCAAGCCAGUAACUGCCCUCCUGUAGUACGAUAUGAAAACUUAAUUGAUGGACAGAUGGAAGCCUGACUAUGUUUCAAUGAUAAACUGAACACAUCAAAGCCUUUCUUCCCUCCCAGUUACCCAUUACAAUAUUUGUUUUCUUUGAAAUGAAGCAUUCAUUGCAUGAAUGAAAACUAAGAAUAGUGUGUUUUUAUGUUUGUUGUGAUUUGGAAGAACCAAUUUUAUUUCCAUAUAAAAAAGAAUGUAUUGUUUGAAAACUUUUACUAACGGUCUUGUUUUCUUAUUUUGUCUCUUUUGGUUUUUCCGCAACUGAUAUUGUUAUUUAGAAGGUUUCAGGUGGGUGACACUAUUCCUGCGUAGGUGCCUGGCGGAAAGGAACACUAGGGCAGCCUCAGUCCUCUCCUCUUCUUCCAGCCAGCUGCGGCCACCACUCUGACAAAGUCCAAAAAUAUGGCCUGUUACCUGAAAGCAAUUGAGACUCAGCCCAACUUUGCGGUGGCUUGGAGCAACCUGGGCUGUGUAUUCAAUGCCCAGGGAGAGAUAUGGCUGGCCAUACACCAUUUUGAAAAGGCAGUGACUCUGGACCCAAAUUUCCUUGACGCAUACAUCAAUUUAGGGAAUGUUUUGAAGGAAGCCCGCAUCUUUGACAGAGCUGUGGCUGGAUACCUAAGAGCCUUGAGCCUCAGCCCAAACCAUGCAGUUGUCCAUGGAAACCUGGCCUGUGUCUACUACGAGCAAGGCCUUAUUGAUCUGGCUAUUGACACCUACCGUCGUGCUAUUGAACUGCAGCCACACUUCCCCGAUGCCUACUGCAAUUUGGCAAAUGCCCUGAAGGAGAAAGGCAAUGUGUCUGAAGCAGAAGAGUGCUACAACACGGCCUUGCGCUUGUGUCCAACCCAUGCAGACUCCCUUAACAACUUGGCCAAUAUCAAGCGUGAGCAGGGCAACAUUGAGGAUGCAGUUCAGCUCUAUAGGAAGGCGCUAGAGGUGUUCCCAGAGUUUGCAGCAGCUCAUUCUAACCUGGCCAGUGUUCUGCAGCAGCAGGGAAAACUCCAGGAGGCCCUCAUGCACUACAAGGAGGCCAUCAGAAUAAGCCCCACAUUUGCUGAUGCCUACUCAAACAUGGGCAAUACACUGAAGGAAAUGCAAGAUGUACAGGGAGCACUGCAAUGCUACACCCGUGCCAUCCAGAUCAACCCUGCCUUUGCAGAUGCUCACAGCAAUUUGGCCUCAAUCCACAAGGAUUCUGGAAACAUCCCAGAGGCCAUUGCAUCUUACCGCACAGCCUUGAAACUCAAGCCAGACUUCCCUGAUGCUUACUGCAACUUGGCGCAUUGCCUGCAGAUUGUGUGUGACUGGACAGAUUAUGAUGAGCGGAUGAAGAAGCUUGUGAGCAUUGUGGCUGACCAGCUGGAUAAGAACCGCUUGCCUUCAGUGCACCCACACCACAGCAUGCUGUAUCCACUCUCUCAUGGCUUCCGCAAGGCCAUUGCUGAGCGCCACGGAAACCUUUGCCUGGACAAGGUACACGCACUGAUCAAAAUCAAUGCACUUCACAAACCGGCUUUUGAGCAUCCGAAAGAUCUGAAGGCCAGUGGUGGACGUCUCCGUGUUGGCUAUGUCAGCUCUGACUUUGGCAACCAUCCUACUUCCCACCUGAUGCAGUCCAUUCCUGGAAUGCAUAACCCAGAGAAAUUUGAAGUGUUCUGCUAUGCACUCAGCCCUGAUGAUAGUACCAACUUCCGUGUGAAAGUGGUAGCAGAGGCUCAUCAUUUCACAGACCUUUCACAGAUUCCCUGCAAUGGCAAGGCAGCUGAUCGUAUUCACCAGGAUGGAAUCCACAUUCUGGUCAACAUGAACGGAUACACCAAGGGAGCCCGAAAUGAGCUCUUUGCCCUCCGGCCUGCACCCAUUCAGUCUAUGUGGCUGGGUUACCCUGGAACCAGUGGGGCUCCCUUCAUGGACUACAUCAUCUCUGAUAAGGAGACGUCACCUAUCGAAGUAGCAGAGCAGUAUUCGGAGAAACUGGCCUACAUGCCCAAUACUUUCUUCAUUGGAGACCACGCCAACAUGUUCCCUCACCUCAAGAAAAAGGCAGUGAUUGAUUUCAAGUCUAAUGGACACAUCUUUGAUAACCGCAUUGUUCUUAAUGGUAUUGAUCUGAAGGCCUUUUUGGACAGCCUGCCAGAUGUGAAAGUGAUAAAGAUGAAGUGUGACAACAACCAGGAAGGUGCCGGUGAAGCAAACGGAGCUUUGUCCAUGCCUGUAAUCCCCAUGAACACAGCAGCUGAAGCGAUCAUCAACAUGAUCAACCAAGGCCAAAUCCAGGUCACAAUCAACGGCUUCACUGUCAGCAACGGCCUGGCCACCACACAGAUCAAUAACAAAGCUGCCACUGGAGAGGAGGUGCCACGCACAAUCGUUGUGACAACCCGUUCUCAAUAUGGUCUCCCAGAGGACUCAAUCGUCUACUGCAACUUCAACCAGCUCUACAAGAUUGACCCCCCUACUCUUCAGAUGUGGGCCAAUAUCCUGAAGCGUGUGCCCAACAGUGUACUCUGGCUUCUUCGUUUCCCUGCUGUCGGCGAGCCCAACAUCCAGCAGUACGCUCAGAACAUGGGUCUGCCUGGCUCUCGCAUUAUCUUCUCUCCUGUGGCCCCCAAGGAGGAGCAUGUGAGAAGGGGCCAGUUGGCUGAUGUCUGCCUAGACACUCCUCUAUGCAACGGGCACACAACGGGCAUGGAUGUUCUCUGGGCUGGAACACCAAUGGUCACAAUGCCAGGUGAGACCCUUGCCUCCCGUGUGGCUGCCUCACAACUCCGCUGUCUGGGCUGCCCUGAGCUAAUAGCCCAGAGUCGCCAGGACUACGAGGACAUAGCAGUCAAACUGGGCUCUGACAUGGAAUACCUGAAGAUGGUCAGAGCACGUGUGUGGAAGCAGCGAAUCUGCAGCCCUCUUUUCAACACCAAGCAGUACACAAUGGACCUGGAGAGGCUGUACCUGCAGAUGUGGGAGCACCAUAGCAAAGGCAACAAGCCAGAACACCUGGUCCAGAUAGUAGAGACCAGUGAGAAUGCCUGAACUGGAACUGAACUUGUUUCCUUUAAACACAAACCAUGUCCAACCCUCCUUCCCCACCAUUUUUUGUUAACCAUUAUCAGCACCCUAGCUUGGAAUGUGCAUUUUCCACUCCAGCCCCUCUCCCUGAAUGAUUCUCUUCAUUUGUCUCAUUCGCUGUUAAUGGGACUCUUUAUUUGCAAAGGAGCCUACAGAUGUACACAUUUGUCCCCGUCAGUCGUUCAUCUGCAUCAUAUGUCUGCAUUUCCUGAGCCAGAUAGAGCCUGACACUUUGAGGCCCCUUGUCUGAGACUCUUGUCCUAAAACACAGUGUAUUUGGUGAGCAUGAGAGGAUUGUGAAUGCCCUGCUUACCCCUUCAGUACUUGGAUCAGUGGAUUUAAAAAAAAAAAAAAAAAAAAAAGACCUGUCAGUGUGCGUUCAAGACUAUUUGCAGCUUGUGGAGAGAAUGCCCAGCCGUCAUUACUUGUUGAUCUAUUUAUAAUAGAUUAAGAGUGUUGUGCGUUUUUAAAAGGACAAUGUUGCACCACGAAAAUUGUAACUCUGACUUAAGUUUCAUCAGCUUUAACAUGCAAUUGUAAAAACAAAACAAAUAGGUUGCAACUGCUCUUUAGUUUGUCUUAAGCUGUUAUUAAAUUACUACAAUGAGUAGAUGUGCAAGUUUUGGGGGAAAAGGUCCAGAUGAAGACUUCUUCCCCUCACCAAAUGCCAACUUUUAUUAAUUUAGUGGUAAAUCAAGAAACAUGUUCAGUAGCUGUUGUCCUGUUUGCUGUCAUCUUAUGCUUGUAAAGAUUAUUGGACAAAGCUGGACAAAGGAGCUUCAAUUCAUUGGAAAGGGCCUAAAUUUCAGUUUAGAUGUCAGAGCUGUUCACAAAUUGAUCUAGUUUUUUUUUUAAUCACUCAAACCAGGAACGGCCUAGGUAAGUAUUUUCUAAGCAGUUUUUCUUUUUGUAUUGUCGGUUAACUGUAUGCUGUCAAUGAUGCCACGAGGCUCUGAAUAUAAUAAACAUAUAAAGAGAUGGCAAAACUG